CAUUCAACUCGACAGUAUUCUUCUGGCACAAGAGAAACAUGAAUUCCGUAACUCUGGUGGGCCUGGUGCUCUGUUGUUUAUUUGUGACAUCGGCGUAUGCCGGCAACGAUUAUCUCUGGGGCGAAAUCGGACCCAAUGACUAUCAACUGGCCAAGGAUACCGUUUCGAAGGCCUUCUUUUUGGGCCUCGUACAGACCAAGAAAUACGUGUUCAAGCAGUCCAAUAACCUCGAUGCCCUGACCAUCACGGCCAUUAGGGUCACCGACAAGAAGAAGAACAACGGCGCAACAGCCGUACUGACCGCAGGCGGACCCGGCUCCAAGGGCGCCACCAUUCAGUUCACCUCGCAGCGCGGCUAUGGCAUCAAGGAUCUGGUCGAGAUAUGGGGCCGAUAAAACGGGCCAAUGCAAAACGCUUGCUAACAAGCCUAAAAGUAUGCCAAAUCUCGGAAUAAAGCUUCAAGCAUUUGAUA